AUGUCGGAGACUGCUGGUAAGCACAUUUUUCGAAUGCCUCGUUCUAGAAUGCUUGGCCCCUGUUGACCAGUGCCAGUAGAUGGCUAUACGUAGGUAUUCAGUAUGUCUAAGACUGUUGAUAAGCAGCCUAUAAAAGAGUGUUGUCUGCUUACAGAAUGCUUGUCCCUACUGACCAGUGCCAGCACCAUCUUCUCCUUCAUCCUGCUAUGUGGAGUGGUGCUGCUGGUGGGCUUCUUCAACCUGGAGUAUUACACAGGUGAGUCAGACAAUGAAGGGUUCUCCCAGGGAUGACAGUUCUGAGUGAAAGGAGCCGGAGGUGAUUGCUGCACUCCAUUUCUUUAGAUUGAAUCAGGGUGCAAUGGGUGGAGCGAGGACAUAGUGCGUUUGAAAAUACAAAUACUGACAAAAAAAAAAACGAUGCUCUCCCUGUACUGUAGGUGGCUUUGUAUAUGGAGGUGCCAAUGGCCUGGGACAUACAUAGUCCCAGCAUUCACCCUCUUUUAUUUAUUGUUUGAUUGAUUGAUUUCCACCAGUCGUCCCAUCCAUCGCCUGCUCCAAGAUCGACCUCCUAGGUCAGGUGCUUCACCCCCGUCAGUUCGUCCACUCACUGGCGCACUGUAUCAUGGGUGUUGUAGUGGCUUGGUGUUGUGCCUUCACCAUCGGAGGGCGCUACCGGGCCUUGGGGCACCCCUGUACACAGGAUGAGAGGUGAGACACCACACAACGUGUUUUUAACUGCCAUACACACACGGAUGUAAAUUAAGAAAGCCCGCUGGCCCGAGGCUAGUACUUUUCAGACUGGGCUAGUAGAAAACUCGCCAAACUAGCCUGCCGGCUAGGGAAGUGUUGUACCUUUCGAUACCAAUUGGUACAUGUUGGACCCGGUAAAACUACUAGCCUGGUUGGCUAGUUCCUGCAUACACCUCAUGGCUGUAGAGUAGUAAUUCCUUAUUUAUGGAAGAAUACUCUUAUUCAUAAUAAUUCAUAAUAUUUGGUCAACAUUUCGGUUGAGGUUGGGGACCUCAAGUUUACUUUAGUGAAACAUUCUUACUUGUUUUCCCCUAUACGAGUAAAAAAAACAACAACAGUCCUCAUAAGUUUUUUGGGUUUUGUUGUAACUUCCCCAUAUCUCUGUCUGUUGUUGUGUUGGUUACAGUAGUAGUGGUCCUGAGAUGUGCCUGAAUGAAUACCACCUGGUGCUGCUGCUGGUCGGGGCCUUCAUCGGAUACAGCCACAGCCUGCUGGGCGUGGUCCACAACAUCAACUAUGUCUCGUUCCACACCAUGCGGGUACAUACUCUCUUCUUCAUUUAUUUACUAUCUGUUUUUUACAUUCUAGAAUAAUAGUGAAGACAUCAACUAUGAAAUAACACGUAUGGAAUCAUGUAGUAACCAAAAAAGUGUUAAACAAAAUUUUCAAAUAUUCACCCUUUGCCUGGAUGACAGCUUUGCACACUCUUGGCAUUCUCUCGACCAUUUCAAUUAACAGGUGUGCCUUGUUUCAUUUUGUCGUUAUAAUAAUGUUUGUAGCAAUUUGUGAAAAUCAUUGUGGAAAUCUGUUGCAGCUCAAGUCUACAAAACCUGCAGUGCUGUCUCUAUGGGCUGGCUAGCUAGGUUAAUAAAGUUGCAGUUGUUAUUAACCGACUGCUUCAGAACAGCCGAGUGUGUUGUUAGAUGCUUUUUUUUCUUCAGAUCUCCGCUAAACAAAUACUGUGGCAAGAAAAAGUAUGUGAACCCUUUGGAAUUACCUGGGUUUCUGCAUAAAUUGGUCAAAAAUUUGGUCUGAUCUUGAUCUAAGUCAAAACAAUAGACAACCACAGUGUGCUAAAACUAAUAACACACAAACAAUGAUAAGUUUUCAUGUCUUUAUUGAACAAACCGUGUAAACAUUCACAGUGCAUGGUGGGAAAAGGAUAUGAGCCCUUGGAUUUAAUAACUGGUUGACCCUCCUUUGGCAGCAAUAACCUCGACCAAACGUUUUCUGUAGUUGCAGAUCAGACCUGAACAACGGUCAGGAGGAAGUUUGGAACAUUCCUCUUUACAAACCCGUUUCAGUUCAGCAAUAUGUGUCUGGUGUGAACCGCUCUCUCGAGGUCAUGCCACAGCAUCUUGAUAAACUUGUGAAUUCAUUUUUCCGUCGACGAUAGCAAGCUGUCCAGGCCCUGAGGCAGCAAAGCAGCCCCAAACCAUGAUGCUCCCUCCACCAUACUUUACAGUUGGGAUGAGGUUUUGAUGUUGGUGUGCUGUGCCUUUCUUUCUCCACACAUAGUGUUGUGUGUUCCUUCCUUCCAAACAACUCAACUUUAGUUUCAUCUGUUCACAGAAUAUUUUGCCAGUAGCGCUGUGGAACAUCCAGGUGCUCUUUUGCGAACUUCAGACGUGCAGCAAUGUUUUUUUUGGCAUCAGUGUCUUCUUCCGUGGUGUCCUCCCAUGAACACCAUUCUUGUUUAGUGUUUUACGUAUCGUAGACUCGUCAGCAGAGAUGUUAGCGUGUUCCAGAGAUUUCUGUAAGUCUUUAGCUGACUCUAGGAUUCUUCUUAACCUCGUUGAGCGUUCUGUGCUGUGCUCUUGCAGUCAUCUCUGCAGGACGGCCGCUCCUAGGGAGAGUAGCAACAGUGCUGAACUUUCUCCAUUUACAGACAAUUUGUCUUACCGUGGACAUCAAGGCUUUUAGAGAUACUUUUGAAACCCUUUCCAGCUUUAUGCAAGUCAACCAUUCUUAAUCUUAGGUCUUCUGAGAUCUCUUUUGUUCGAGGCAUGGUUCACAUCAGGCAAUGCUUCUUGUGAACAGCAAACUCACAUUUUUGAAAGUUUUUUUUUUUAUAGGGCAGGGCAGCUCUAACCAACAUCUCCGAUCUCGUCUCAUUGGUUGGACUCCAGGUUAGCUGACUCCUGCCUCCAAUUAGCUUUCGGAGAAGUCAUUAGCCUACGGGGUUCACAUUUUUCCCAACCUACACUGUGAAUGUUUAAAUGACGUUUUCAAUAUAGACAAGAAAAAUACAAUAAUUUAUCUGUUAUUAGUUUAACCUCUUUAAGGAUGGUACCCUUUGUUUUCCCCCCAAUUUUCGCCUAAAAUGACAUGUCCAAAUCUAACUGCUUGUAGCUCAGGACCUGAAGCACGGAUAUGCAUAUUCUUGAUACCAUUGGAAAGGAAACACUUUGAAGUUUGUGGAAAUGUAAAAUGAUUGUAGGAGAAUAUAACACAUUAGAUUUGGUAAAAGAUAAUACAAACAAACAAAAAAACGUUUUUUUUUUUAUUCCAUCAUCUUUGAAAUGCAAGAGAAAGGCCACAAUAUAAUAUUGCAGUUUAGGUGCAAUUUAGAUUUUGGCCAUUAGAUGGCAGCAGUGUGUGUGCAAUGUUUCAGAUUGAUCCAGUGAAGCAUUGCAAUACUGGACUAUUUUGUAUCAAGUCUGCCCAAAUGUGCCGAAUUGGUCAAUUGAUACAUUUUCAAGUACAUAACUAUAGAGAACAUACAAAAAUGAUAUGGUAAUACAAAAUGUAAGUUUACAUACUCCCAGGAAUGUCAUACAUGAUGGAUCAUUAGCUUAUACACUAACUUUCACACAUCUAGAUGGCCGGGUGGGGUGGGUGUGGAGCCAGAGACAGCAGGGGUUCAAACUGUAGAACCCAGAUCCUACAUUUGAAUAUACAAAUUUAUUUUAUCAAACAAAACUAUGCUACAUUUUAUCUCUGGGACCCUUAGGAUGACAAAUCAGAGCAAGAUUACUAAAUGUUAGUACAUUAUUUACCUUCAGAGGUGAAUGUAUCAAACCAGUUGCCGUGAUACGUUUUUUGUUGUUGUGCACUUUCCUCAAACAAUAGCAUGGUAUUUUUUCACUGUAAAUUGGACAGUGCAGUUAGAUUAACAAUAAUUUAAGCUUUCUGCCCAUAUAAGACAUGUCUAUGUCCUGGAAAGUUUGCUUGCUAAUCACAUUAGCGCACGUUAGCGAACCGUCCUGUUUACGGGACACCGAUCCCGUAGAGGUUGAACCCACUGCUCAUCUAUUGUUGUGACUUACAUGAAAAUCAGAUCAAAUUUUAUGACCAAUUUAUGCAGAAAUCCAGGUAAUUCCGAAGGGUUCACAUACUUUUUUUUGGCAUUCGGAAAGUAUUCAGACCCCUCCACUUUUUCCACAUUUUAUUGUGUUACAGCCUCAUUCUAAAAUUGAUUUAAUAAAUUGCCCUCAUCAAUCUACACACAAUAACCCAUAAUGACAAAGCGAAAACCGUUUUUUAAGAAGUUUUAUCCCAUUUAUUACAAAAAAAAAAAAAAACGUAUUUACAUAAGUAUUCAGACCCUUUUCUAUGAGACUAGAAAUUUAGCUCAGGUGCAUCCUGUUUCCAUUGAUCAUCCUUGAGAUGUUUCUACAACUUGAUUGGAGUCCACCUGAGGUAAAUUAUAUUGAUUGGACAUGAUUUGGAAAGGCACACACCUGUCUAUAUAAAGGUCCCACAGUUGACAGUUCAUGUCAGAGCAAAAACCAAGCCAUGAGGUCAAAGGAAUUGUCCAUAGAGCUCCGAGACAGGAUUGUGUCGAGGCACAGAUCUGGGGAAGGGUACCAAAAAAUGUAUGCUGCAUUGAAGGUCCCCAAGAACACAGUGGCCUCCAUCAUUCUUAAAUGGAAGACGUUUGGAACCACCAAGACUCUUCCUAGAGCUGGUCGCCCGGCCAAACUGAGCAAUCUGGGGAGAAGGGUCUUGGUCAGGGAGGUGACCAAGAACCCGAUGGUCACUCUGACAGAGCUCCAGAUUUCCUCUGUGGAGAUGGGAGAACCUUCCAGAAGGACAACCAUCUCUGCAGCACUCCACCAAUCAGGCCUGUAUGGUAGAGUGGCCAGACGGAAGCCACUCCUCAGUAAAAGGCACAUGACAGCCCGCUUGGAGUUUGCCAAAAGGCACCUAAAGGACUCUCAGACCAUGAGAAACAAGAUUCUCUGGUCUGAUGAAACCAAGAUUGAACUAUUUUGGCCUGAAAGCCAAGCAUCACGUCUGGAGGAAACAUGGCACCAUCCCUACGGUGAAGCAUGGUGGUGGCAGCAUCAUGCUGUGGGGAUAUUUUUCAGCAGCAGGGACUGGGAGACUAGUCAGGAUCGAGGGGAAAGAUGAACGCAGCAAAGUACAGAGAGAUCCUUGAUGAAAACCUGCUCCAGAGCGCUCAGGACCUCAGACUGGGGCGACGGUUCACCUUCCAAGAGGACAACAACCUUAUGCACACAGCCAAGACAACGCAGGAGUGGCUUCAGGACAAGUCUCUGAAUGUCCUUGAGUGGCCCAGCCAGAAAAUAGCUGUGCAGCGAUGCUCCCCAUCCAACCUGACAGAGCUUGAGAGGAUCUGCAGAGAAGAAUGGGAGAAACUCCCCAAAUACAGGUGUGACAAGCUUGUAGCGUCAUACCCAAGAAGACUCAAGGCUGUAAUCGCUGCCAAAGGUGCUUCAACAAAGUACUGAGUAAAGGGUCUGAAUAUUUAUUUAAAUGUGAUUUUUCAUUUUUCAUUUUCCUACGGUGCACCCUACUGAACAUAACCCAUCGACGUCUACUAGUGUUGGGCAUUAUAGUUUCUGUUACCUUUUGACAGAACUAGCAAGGCACUUAACCCUAAUUGCUCCUGUAAGUCGCUCUGGAUAAGAGCGUCUGCUAAAAUGACUAAAAUGUAAAUGUAACUAUGUUAUGAGACAUCAGGAAGUGCCCUGUUCUCCUCAGGCUGCUUAGGGGAGGAGGCUCAUAAUAAUGUCUGGAAUGGAGUCAAUGGAAUGGAGUCAAACACAUGGAAACCAUGGAAACCCUGUCUCUGUGUGUGAUACCAUCCCAUUUACUCCAUUCCAGACAUUAUUAUGAGCCUCCUCCCCUCAGCGGCCUCCACUGCUCUGCUUUUCAUGUUUCAGCAAUACAAGUACCUCCGCUUCAAGGGAACUCUGCCCCUAGUGGUGAAAGCCAGUGCUGUUCAGGCUCUCUACUCUCUCAGGAACUUCCUCCUCCUCUAUUUCUUCCUGGGUAAGAUGAAGAAGACAUUACGAAGUCCGUCAAAGCUCUGUUUUGCGUAUGAGGUAUUCACCGGUAUAUAUGCAGUGGGGUGUCUCCCAACUGUUCUGUAGUCAAAUGAUGAAGGUAUUGUUAAUGAUGUCUAUCUCCCUGUCUUUCAGGAUAUGCACCACGAGCGUGGAUCUGUAAAACACUUGACCUCAACAUCAACAGGUUAACCUCAUGAUAUCAUUUGAAUCUGACCCAGAUACCCCUCUACUACUAGGGAGCUCACCCAGAUACCCCUCUACUACUAGGGAGCUCCCCCAGAUACCCCUCUACUACUAGGGAGCUCCCCCAGAUACCCCUCUACUACUAGGGAGCUCACCCAGAUACCCCUCUACUACUAGGGAGCUCACUCAGAUACCCCUCUACUACUAGGGAGCUCACCCAGAUACCCCUCUACUACUAGAGAGCUCACCCAGAUACCCCUCUACUACUAGGGAGCUCACCCAGAUACCCCUCUACUACUAGGGAGCUCACUCAGAUACCCCUCUACUACUAGGGAGCUCACCCAGAUACCCCUCUACUACUAGAGAGCUCACCCAGAUACCCCUCUACUACUAGGGAGCUCCCCCAGAUACCCCUCUACUACUAGGGAGCUCCCCCAGAUACCCCUCUACUACUAGGGAGCUCACCCAGAUACCCCUCUACUACUAGGGAGCUCACCCAGAUACCCCUCUACUACUAGGGAGCUCACCCAGAUACCCCUCUACUACUAGGGAGCUCACCCAGAUACCCCUCUACUACUAGGGAGCUCACCCAGAUAUCCCUCUACUAUUAGGGAGCUCACCCAGAUACCCCUCUACUACUAGGGAGCUCACCCAGAUACCCCUCUACUACUAGGGAGCUCACCCAGAUACCCCUCUACUACUAGGGAGCUCACCCAGAUACCCCUCUACUACUAGGGAGCUCACCCAGAUACCCCUCUACUACUAGAUAGCUCACCCAGAUACCCCUCUACUAAUAGGGAGCUCACCCAGAUACCCCUCUACUACUAGGGAGCUCACCCAGAUACCCCUCUACUACUAGGGAGCUCACCCAGAUACCCCUCUACUACUAGGGAGCUCACCCAGAUAUCCCUCUACUACUAGGUAGCUCACCCAGAUACCCCUCUACUACUAGGUAGCUCACCCAGAUACCCCUCUACUACUAGGGAGCUCACCCAGAUACCCCUCUACUACUAGGGAGCUCACCCAGAUACCCCUCUACUACUAGGGAGCUCACCCAGAUACCCCUCUACUACUAGGGAGCUCACCCAGAUACCCCUCUACUACUAGGGAGCUCCCCCAGAUAUCCCUCUACUACUAGGGAGCUCACCCAGAUACCCCUCUACUACUAGGGAGCUCACCCAGAUACCCCUCUACUACUAGGGAGCUCACCCAGAUACCCCUCUACUACUAGGGAGCUCACCCAGAUAUCCCUCUACUACUAGAUAGCUGUAUUUAGAUGGGACUCCUCAUAUUCCUUUCCUAAUGUAUUUUAAGUCUUAGUGUGCUGUGAAAUCUGUUAUGAAUGUAUUGUAAUGUUUUUUUUAAAUGUAUAACUGCCUUAAUUUUGCUGGACAUCAGGAAGAGUAGCUUCUGCCUUGGCAGCAGCUAAUGGGGAUCCAUAAUAAAUACAAAAGUCCUGCAUUGAAUACGUCGUUAAAAAAUGAUGUCAGUAUUCCACUGGAAUGGAAUGGUACAUGCAGCAAGACAGACUGAACCGAUGACAGACGUGUUCUUGUCUCCCCCUCUAGUUCAAUCCAUUCCCUGGACAGUGUGUCUAGUCUUUUGGACCUUUCUCUCCUCUAUCACCUGUGGAUCAGUGGGACCUUCCUCCUCCUCACCUGGUACACCACAGUGCUGCUCUUCAGGAUCUUUGUUACCGAGGUACAUAUAGCUCCUCUGACCCCUAACCCCUUACACCUCGAUCAGACCGACAGCGUCAUUGCGUUUUGGUACACCAGAAGUACAUUAUUUUCCAAUGGAACGCUGCGUUUGCCUUGCGGCGUUGCAGAGGCAGUUGCAGUGAGUUCAGAUGCAUCAGAUUGUAUGAGUAGACGUGACAGAAAUAGUAGUAAAAGGUGAAUGUUGAACUUUUGUUGCUCACAUAUCCACUAAACAUGUUGGAUUACAUCAUGGGAAAAAUAUGACUGCAGAAUUGAUUACGCAGCGUUGAUGCAAUGACGCUGUCGGUCUGAUCAAGGCGUAACCUUCACCUGGUACAUCACUGUCCUGCUCCUCAGGACCUAACCCUAACCUCUGACCCCUAACCUUCCUCUUGCUGACCUGGUACGAUACAUCACUGUCCUGCUCCUCAGGAUCUAACCUCUGACCCCUAACCUUCCUCUUGCUGACCUGGUACGAUACAUCACUGUCCUGCUCCUCAGGAUCUAACCUCUGACCCCUAACCUUCCUCUUGCUGACCUGGUACGAUACAUCACUGUCCUGCUCCUCAGGAUCUAACCUCUGACCCCUAACCUUCCUCUUGCUGACCUGGUACGAUACAUCACUGUCCUGCUCCUCAGGAUCUAACCUCUGACCCCUAACCUUCCUCUUGCUGACCUGGUACGAUACAUCACUGUCCUGCUCCUCAGGAUCUAACCUCUGACCCCUAGCCUUCCUCUUGCUGACCUGGUACGAUACAUCACUGUCCUGCUCCUCAGGAUCUAACCCUAACCGCUGACCCCUAACCUUCCUCUUGCUGACCUGGUACGAUACAUCACUGUCAUGCUCCUCAGGACCUAACCCUAACCUCGGACCCCUAACCUUCCUCUUGCUGACCUGGUACGAUACAUCACUGUCCUGCUCCUCAGGAUCUAACCUCUGACCCCUAACCUUCCUCUUGCUGACCUGGUACGAUACAUCACUGUCCUGCUCCUCAGGAUCUAACCCUAACCGCUGACCCCUAACCUUCCUCUUGCUGACCUGGUACGAUACAUCACUGUCCUGCUCCUCAGGACCUAACCCUAACCUCGUACCCCUAACCUUCCUCUUGCUCACCUGGUACGAUACAUCACUGUCCUGCUCCUCAGGAUCUAACCCUAACCGCUGACCCCUAACCUUCCUCUUGCUGACCUGGUACGAUACAUCACUGUCCUGCUCCUCAGGGAGUGAAUGCUCAUUCUUUCUGUCUAUUGGACUGACUCACUGCUUCUCCACCAGUCUAGUCUAGUCCUGGACUGACUCACUGCUUCUCCACCAGUCUAGUCCUGGACUGACUCACUGCUUCUCCACCAGUCUAGUCUAUUGGACUGGCUCACUGCUUCUCUACCAGUCUAGUCCUGGACUGACUCACUGCUUCUCCACCAGUCUAGUCCUGGACUGACUCACUGCUUCUCCACCAGUCUAGUCUAUUGGACUGACUCACUGCUUCUCCACCAGUCUAGUCUGUUGGACUGACUCACUGCUUCUCCACCAGUCUAGUCUAGUCCUGGACUGACUCACUGCUUCUCCACCAGUCUAGUCCUGGACUGACUCACUGCUUCUCUACCAGUCUAGUCUAUUGGACUGACUCACUGCUUCUCCACCAGUCUAGUCUAUUGGACUGACUCACUGCUUCUCCACCAGUCUAGUCCUGGACUGACUCACUGCUUCUCUACCAGUCUAGUCUAUUGGACUGACUCACUGCUUCUCCACCAGUCUAGUCUAUUGGACUGACUCACUGCUUCUCCACCAGUCUAGUCCUGGACUGACUCACUGCUUCUCCACCAGUCUAGUCCUGGACUGACUCACUGCUUCUCCACCAGUCUAGUCCUGGACUGACUCACUGCUUCUCCACCAGUCUAGUCUAGUCCUGGACUGACUCACUGCUUCUCCACCAGUCUAGUCUAUUGGACUGACUCACUGCUUCUCCACCAGUCUAGUCCUGGACUGACUCACUGCUUCUCCACCAGUCUAGUCCUGGACUGACUCACUGCUUCUCCACCAGUCUAGUCUAUUGGACUGACUCACUGCUUCUCCACCAGUCUAGUCCUGGACUGACUCACUGCUUCUCCACCAGUCUAGUCUAGUCCUGGACUGACUCACUGCUUCUCCACCAGUCUAGUCCUGGACUGACUCACUGCCUCUCUACCAGUCUAGUCCUGGACUGACUCACUGCUUCUCCACCAGUCUAGUCCUGGACUGACUCACUGCUUCUCCACCAGUCUAGUCUAUUGGACUGACUCACUGCUUCUCCACCAGUCUAGUCCUGGACUGACUCACUGCUUCUCCACCAGUCUAGUCCUGGACUGACUCACUGCUUCUCCACCAGUCUAGUCUAGUCCUGGACUGACUCACUGCUUCUCUACCAGUCUAGUCUAUUGGACUGACUCACUGCUUCUCCACCAGUCUAGUCUAUUGGACUGACUCACUGCUUCUCCACCAGUCUAGUCCUGGACUGACUCACUGCUUCUCCACCAGUCUAGUCUAUUGGACUGACUCACUGCUUCUCCACCAGUCUAGUCUAUUGGACUGACUCACUGCUUCUCCACCAGUCUAGUCCUGGACUGACUCACUGCUUCUCCACCAGUCUAGUCUAUUGGACUGACUCACUGCUUCUCCACCAGUCUAGUCCUGGACUGACUCACUGCUUCUCCACCAGUCUAGUCCUGGACUGACUCACUGCUUCUCCACCAGUCUAGUCUAUUGGACUGACUCACUGCUUCUCCACCAGUCUAGUCUAUUGGACUGACUCACUGCUUCUCCACCAGUCUAGUCUAUUGGACUGACUCACUGCUUCUCCACCAGUCUAGUCCUGGACUGACUCACUGCUUCUCCACCAGUCUAGUCCUGGACUGACUCACUGCUUCUCCACCAGUCUAGUCUAUUGGACUGACUCACUGCUUCUCCACCAGUCUAGUCUAUUGGACUGACUCACUGCUUCUCCACCAGUCUAGUCCUGGACUGACUCACUGCUUCUCCACCAGUCUAGUCCUGGACUGACUCACUGCUUCUCCACCAGUCUAGUCUAUUGGACUGACUCACUGCUUCUCCACCAGUCUAGUCCUGGACUGACUCACUGCUUCUCCACCAGUCUAGUCCUGGACUGACUCACUGCUUCUCCACAAGUCUAGUCCUGGACUGACUCACUGCUUCUCCACCAGUCUAGUCUAUUGGACUGACUCACUGCUUCUCCACCAGUCUAGUCUAUUGGACUGACUCACUGCUUCUCCACCAGUCUAGUCCUGGACUGACUCACUGCUUCUCCACCAGUCUAGUCCUGGACUGACUCACUGCUUCUCCACCAGUCUAGUCUAUUGGACUGACUCACUGCUUCUCCACCAGUCUAGUCCUGGACUGACUCACUGCUUCUCCACCAGUCUAGUCCUGGACUGACUCACUGCUUCUCCACCAGUCUAGUCCUGGACUGACUCACUGCUUCUCCACCAGUCUAGUCCUGGACUGACUCACUGCUUCUCUACCAGUCUAGUCCUGGACUGACUCACUGCUUCUCUACCAGUCUCUAACUGACUGUUAAGUAUUUACUCUCUAUGGCUGCUGUUCGAUUCACAACCAUUCUUCUCCCAGAAGUGUGCACUUCUAACCUGUCUGCUUAGUACCAUAGAAAAUAUAAGUAUGAUUUGACAAUGAUAAUUUCUUGCAGGUUUACAGUUUUCCUGUCCAGUCCACGUUCACAGAGGAUGCUCACCAGUGCCUCCCCAAAGUUAUCACUGGCAUGCAACCAAUGAUACUGAAGGUAAGCGUUCUACAUCAAUUUAACAAUGGAAACAAUCCAUUUCAGGAUCAUCAGCAUUCCCUGUUAUGAGUGACUUCGAUUUGAUUUUCCUCUGUUAAAGCUUCUGUUGUGACUAACGAUCGAUUGAUUUUACCCUCUGUUCUGUAUCCCUCCAGUUAACCGUACAUCUGUUCUGUGUCCUGUCAGUUCCUAAACCUCCAGUUAACCGUACAUCUGUUCUGUGUCCUGUCAGUUCCUAGUCCUCCAGUUAACCAUACAUCUGUUCUGUGUCCUGUCAGUUCCUAGUCCUCCAGUUAACCAUACAUCUGUUCUGUGUCCUGUCAGUUCCUAAACCUCCAGUUAACCGUACAUCUGUUCUGUGUCCUGUCAGUUCCUAAACCUUCCAGUUAACCAUACAUCUGUUCUGUGUCCUGUCAGUUUCUAGCCCUCCAGGACCUGGCUCUGCUGUCUCAACACUCUCCUUCUAGACGUCUGGAGGUGUUCAGUCUCAGCCAACCAGGUGACCCCACUGCUCUGCCUGCAUAAAUACAACUAAUGCAUAUUUAUACUUUCACAUUACAGAAUGCACUUCAUGUGUCUCAUUACUUACAGUAAAAAAUAAAAACGCUAUCUGCAUUAUCAAUAUAUUUAGAUUAUUCCUCUGUUGACAUUGGAAAUGUCUCUGAAACAUCAACUGGCUCUGCAGUAUGCAUAUUCUUCUGUCUGUUGUUCCCAGAGUAAUGUCCCCUAUCUGCCGUUCUGUCUGUUGUUCCCAGAGUAAUGUCCCCUAUCUGCCGUUCUGUCUGUUGUUCCCAGAGUAAUGUCCCCUGUCUGCCGUUCUGUCUGUUGUUCCCCGAGUAAUGUCCCGUCUGCCGUUCUGUCUGUUAUUCCCAGAGUAAUGUCCCGUCUGCCGUUCUGUCUGUUAUUCCCAGAGUAAUGUCCCCCGUCUGCCGUUCUGUCUGUUAUUCCCAGAGUAAUGUCCCCUAUCUGCCGUUCUGUCUGUUGUUCCCAGAGUAAUGUCCCAUCUGUCGUUCUGUCUGUUGUUCCCAGAGUAAUGUCCCAUCUGUCGUUCUGUCUGUUGUUCCCAGAGUAAUGUCCCCUGUCUGCCGUUCUGUCUGUUAUUCCCAGAGUAAUGUCCCCUGUCUGCCGUUCUGUCUGUUGUUCCCAGAGUAAUGUCCCCUGUCUGCCGUUCUGUCUGUUGUUCCCAGAGUAAUGUCCCCUGUCUGCCGUUCUGUCUGUUAUUCCCAGAGUAAUGUCCCCUGUCUGCCGUUCUGUCUGUUGUUCCCAGAGUAAUGUCCCCUGUCUGCCGUUCUGUCUGUUGUUCCCAGAGUAAUGUCCCGUCUGCUGUUCUGUCUGUUAUUCCCAGAGUAAUGUCCCCUGUCUGCCGUUCUGUCUGUUAUUCCCAGAGUAAUGUCCCCUGUCUGCCGUUCUGUCUGUUGUUCCCAGAGUAAUGUCCCGUCUGCCGUUCUGUCUGUUAUUCCCAGAGUAAUGUCCCGUCUGCCGUUCUGUCUGUUAUUCCCAGAGUAAUGUCCCAUCUGUCGUUCUGUCUGUUGUUCCCAGAGUAAUGUCCCCUAUCUGCCGUUCUGUCUGUUGUUCCCAGAGUAAUGUCCCGUCUGCCGUUCUGUCUGUUGUUCCCAGAGUAAUGUCCCCUGUCUGCCGUUCUGUCUGUUGUUCCCAGAGUAAUGUCCCCUGUCUGCCGUUCUGUCUGUUAUUCCCAGAGUAAUGUCCCCUGUCUGCCAUUCUGUCUGUUGUUCCCAGAGUAAUGUCCCCUGUCCUGCCGUUUAUUUCCCUGAGUAAUGUCCUGUCUGCCGUUCUGUCUGUUAUUCCCUGAGUAAUGUCCCCUGUCUGCCGUUCUGUCUGUUGUUCCCAGAGUAAUGUCCCCUGUCUGCCGUUCUGUCUGUUGUUCCCCGAGUAAUGUCCCGUCUGCCGUUCUGUCUGUUAUUCCCUGAGUAAUGUCCCGUCUGCCGUUCUGUCUGUUAUUCCCAGAGUAAUGUCCCCCGUCUGCCGUUCUGUCUGUUAUUCCCAGAGUAAUGUCCCCCGUCUGUCGUUCUGUCUGUUAUUCCCAGAGUAAUGUCCCCUGUCUGUCGUUCUGUCUGUUAUUCCCAGAGUAAUGUUCUGUCUGUUGUUCCCAGAGUAAUGUCCCCUGUCUGCCGUUCUGUCUGUUAUUCCCAGAGUAAUGUCCCCUGUCUGCCGUUCUGUCUGUUAUUCCCAGAGUAAUGUCCCCUGUCUGCCGUUCUGUCUGUUGUUCCCAGAGUAUGUCCCGUCUGCCGUUCUGUCUGUUAUUCCCAGAGUAAUGUCCCGUCUGCUGUUCUGUCUGUUUAUUCCCAGAGUAAUGUCCCGUCUGCCGUUCUGUCUGUAUUCCCAGAGUAAUGUCCCGUUGUGUUCUGUCUGUUAUUCCCAGAGUAAUGUCCCGUCUGCCGUUCGUAUGUUAUUCCCAGAGUAAUGUCCCAUCUGUCGUUCUGUCUGUUGUUCCCAGAGUAAUGUCCCGUCUGCCGUUCUCUGUUAUUCCCAGAGUAAUGUCCCAUCUGCCGUUCUGUCUGUUGUCCCAGAGUAAUGUCCCCUAUCUGCCUUGUCUGUUGUUCCCAGAGUAAUUGUCCCUAUCUGCGUUCUGUCUGUGUUCCAGAGUAAUGUCCCUGUCUGUCGUUCUGUCUGUUGUUCCCAGAGUAAUGUCCCAUCUGUCGUUCUGUCUGUUAUUCCCAGAGUAAUGUCCCCUGUCUGCCGUUCUGUCUGUUGUUCCCUGAGUAAUGUCCCGUCUGCCGUUCUGUCUGUUAUUCCCUGAGUAAUGUCCCGUCUGCCGUUCUGUCUGUUAUUCCCUGAGUAAUGUCCCGUCUGCCGUCUGUUAUUCCCUGAGUAAUGUCCCGUCUGCCGUUCUGUCUGUUAUUCCCUGAGUAAUGUCCCGUCUGCCGUUCUGUCUGUUAUUCCCAGAGUAAUGUCCCGUCUGCCGUUCUGUCUGUUAUUCCCUGAGUAAAGUAAAGUCAUCACUAGCUUCCAUAGCCACAGUCAUAAUUAUGGCUAAACCCCGCCCAUUUCUACAAUGUAUCUUCUGACAAUUUUUUUAAUCUAACCUUAACCACACUGCUGACCUUAUGCCUAACCGUAACCUCACUGCUGACCUUAUGCCUAACCUUAACCACACUGCUGACCUUAUGCCUAACCUUAACCACACUGCUGACCUUAUGCCUAACCUUAACCACACUGCUGACCUUAUGCCUAACCUUAACCUCACUGCUGACCUUAUGCCUAAGCUUAACCUCACUGCUGACCUUAUGCCUAAGCUUAACCUCACUGCUGACCUUAUGCCUAAGCUUAACCUCACUGCUGACCUUAUGCCUAACCGUAAAUGAACGCUUUAAAGUCGAUGUCCGUGCCCCCGUGGAAAUCUAAUUAGUUUAAUAAAAAAUUCCCCAUUUAAAAAUCUGGUUAAGCUAGUGCCUUCAGAAAGUAUUCAUACCCCUCGACUGAUGCCACGUUUUGUUGUUACAGCCUGAAUUCAAAAUGGAUUCAAUCGAUUUUUUUCUACACACAAUACCCCAUAAUGACAAGGUGAAAACAUGUUUUUAGACAUUUUUGCACAUUUUAUUGAAAAUGAAAUACAGAAAUCUUAUUUACGUAAGUAUUCACAACCCUGAGUCAAUACUUUGUAAAGCACCUUUUGACGGUGAGUACAGCUUUGAGUCAUCUUGGAAUUUGUCUUUCAGCUUUGUACAUCUGGAUUUGGGGAUUUUCUCCUAUUGUUCCUUGCAGAUUUUCUCAAGCUCUGUUAAUAAGUUAGAUGGGGAGUGGCAGUGAACAGCAAUCUUCAAGUCUAUCCACUGGGUUUCAAGUCUGGGCUUUGGCUGGGCCACUCAAGGACUUUCACAUUCUUGUUCUGAAGCCAUUCCAGUGUUGCUUUGGCUGUAUUCUUGGGGUCAUUGUCCUGUUGGAACACCUGCUGAGGACUGGGGUAAAGUCAUAUUCUUUGAUGAAUCCCCUUUCCGAUUGUUUGGGGUAUCCGGAAAACACCUUGUCCGGAGAAGACAAGGUGAGCGCUACCAUCAGUCCUGUGUCAUGCCAACAGUAAAGCAUCCUGAGACCAUUCAUGUGUGGGGUUGCUUCUCAGCCAAGGGAGUGGGCUCACUCACAAUUUUGCCUAAGAACACAGCCAUGAAUAAAGAAUGGUACCAACACAUCCUCCGAGAGCAACUUCUCCCAACCAUCCAAGAACAGUUUGGUGACGACCAAUGCCUUUUCCAGCAUGAUGGAGCACCUUGCAAUAAGGCAAAAGUGAUAACUAAGUGGCUCGGGGAACAAAACAUUGACAUUUUGGGUCCAUGGCCAGGACACUCCCCAGACCUUAAUCCCAUUGAGAACUUGUGGUCAAUCCUCAAGAGGCGGGUGGACAAACAAAAACCCACAAAUUCUGACAAACUCCAAGCAUUGAUUAUGCAAGAAUGGGCUGCCAUCAGUCAGGAUGUGGCCCAGAAGUUAAUUGACUGCAUGCCAGGGCGGAUUGCAGAGGGCUUGAAAAAGAAGGGUCAACACUGCAAAUAUUGACUCUUUGCAUAAACUUCAUGUAAUUGUCAAUAAAAGCCUUUGACACUUAUGGAAUGCUUGUAAUUAUACUUCAGUAUACCAUAGUAACAUCUGACAAAAAUAUCUAAAAAUACUGAAGCGGCAAACUUUGAAGACCAAUACUUGUGUCAUUCUCAAAACUUUUGACCACGACUGUAGACAGGUGUGUUUCUUUCUAAAUCAUGUCCAAACAGUUGAAUUGGCCACAGGUGGACUCCAAUCAAGUUGUAGCGACAUCAAGGAGGAUCAAAGGAAAUAGGAUGCACCUGAGCUCAAUUUGGAGUGUCAUAGCAAAGGGGUGUGAAUACUUAAGUAAAUUAGAAUUUGGGAUUUUAUUUUCAAUAUUUCUAAAAACAUGUUUUCACUUUGUCAUUAUGAGAAAAAGUAAAAAAUAGAAUAUACGAAUAUUUAAGAUAUUAUAAGAAAUCUAUAAUUAUAAGAUAAUUCUUAAAUCUCUCAAAUAGACUAGGGCGGUGACCUUAUUUCCGCCACACCGGCAAUCAUCGUAGUCACAGUAGUUUCCUCUGGACAUGCAUUGGUACCCAACUAGCUAAUGAUCACCAGGUCGCUGGUCUGGUACUCAGCGCUCUAUUGUCCCUUUAACCACUCUGACAUCAAUGCAAUCGAAAAUCACAUACACUGAUCAUCAAAACAGUAUCAUGCUUUUAAAGCUCCGUUAGGCUGCACUGUGAUGAUCAUUUUGAUGAAAGACGCUCAACAACCGGUUGAAACUGAGUGGAAAACAUGCUUGUUGUGGGAUUUUGUUUCAAAGCCAAACACAACUAAAUGGACAGCGCUUUCUAAUCUAAGGUGAUGAUUCAUUCAAAGCGUUUAAGACUUGCAUGUGUACUGAACAAAAAUAUAAACGUAAGAUGGUAAGUGUAGGUCCCAUGUUUCAUGAGCUGAAAUAAAAGAUCCCAGAAAUGUUCAAUACGCACAAAAAGCGUAUUUCUCUCAAAUGUUGCGCACAAAUUUGUUUACAUCCCUGUUAGUGAGCAUUUCUUCUUUGCCAAGAUAAUCCAUCCACCUGACAGGGUGGCAUAUCAAGAAGCUGAUUAAGCAGCAUGAUCAUUACACAGGUGCACCUUGUGCUGGGGACACAAAGGCCACUCUAAAAUGUGCAGUUUUGUCACACAACACAAUGCCACAGAUGUCUCAAGUUUUGAGGGAGCGAGCAAUUGGCAUGCUGACUACAGGAAUGUCCACCAGAGUUGUUUCCAGAUAAUGUUAUGUUAAUUUCUCUACCAUAAGCCGCCUCUGUCAUUUUAGAGAAUUUGGCAGUACGUACAAAUGGCCUCAACCGCAGACCACAUGUAACCACAUCAGCCCAGGGCUUCUUCACCUGCGUGAUCAUCUGAGACCAGCCACCCUGACAGCUGAUGAAACUGAGGAGUAUUUCUGUCUGUAAUAAAGCCCUUUUGUGGGGAAAAUCUAAUUCUGAUUGGCUGGGCCUGGCUCCCCAGUGGGUGGGGCCACCAAUAGCAGUGUCCCUCCCCAGUCAUGUGGAAUCCAUAGAUUAGGGCCUAAUGAAUGUAUUUCAAUUGACCAAUUUCCUUAUGAACUGUAACUCAGCAAAAUCAUUGAAAAUGUUGCAUGUUGCGUUUUAUAUAUUUGUGCAGUAUAGAACACCCAUAUUAGAGCUUAUGUGUAUAUACACACAUGAGCCCAAGCGUAAUUAAAAUAAUGAUUGUGCUGUUAUACAAUACACAAUACAUAGCCAACCGCAGAAAACAUUUUUUUUUUUUUAUAUUUAAGAUACAUAAUUAGUCUAGCCUAUACUCUAAAAUUAAACAAUUUCUAGUAAUGGCCUUCUGAGUGUGGACUGUAUUAUGCUACGAUCCAAAGUGGAAGAUCACCUGUCGUGCAGCGCGAGGCUGCAUGCUCCUCAAACAGUGAUGUGAAGUGAAAUAAGUGUUCUUAUAAGCCCAGACGUUUCUAUAUGCAAUCCCGUGUGAAAGCAGAAAGCAUCAUGCAGCCCAUUAUAUGUUUUGAUUUCUAAGACAUUCUAUAAUUCACAACAACAUGUUCCUAAUAACUCUAAAUCUAGCAUAUAGGACCUGUUUCAAAGGAUCACUUUGACGCUCAACAUGGCCACUUCAUAUGAUCAUAUACAGUUUGGAGGACAAGUAUUUGAUACACUGCCGAUUUUACAGGUUUUCCUACUUACAAAGCAUGUAGAGGUCUGUAAUUUUUAUCAAAGGUACAUUUCAACUGUGAGAGUUGGAAUCUAAAACAAAAAUCCAGAAAAUCACAUUGUAUGAUUCUUAAGUAAUUCAUUUGCAUUUUUUUACAUGACAUAAGUAUUUGAUACAUCAGAAAAGCAGAACUUAAUAUUUGGUACAGACACCUUUGUUUGCAAUUACAGAGAUCAUACGUUUCCUGUAGGUCUUGACCAAGUUUGCACACACUGCAGCAGGGAUUUUGGCCCACUCCUCCAUACAGACCUUCUCCAGAUCCUUCAGGUUUCGGGGCUGUCGCUGGGCAAUACGGACUUUCAGCUCCCUCCAAAGAUUUUCUAUUGGGUUCAGGUCUGGAGACUGGCUAGGCCACUCCAGGACCUUGAGAUGCUUCUUACGGAGCCACUCCUUAGUUGCCCUGGCUGUGUGUUUCGGGUCGUUGUCAUGCUGGAAGACCCAGCCACGACCCAUCUUCAAUGCUCUUACUGAGGGAAGGAGGUUGUUGGCCAAGAUCUCGCGAUACAUGGCCCCAUCCAUCCUCCCCUCUAUACGGUGCAGUCGUCCUGUACCCUUUGCAGAAAAGCAUCCCCAAAUAAUUAUGUUUCCACCUCCAUGCUUCACGGUUGGGAUGGUGAUCUUGGGGUUGUACUCAUCCUUCUUCUUCCUCCAAACACGGCGAGUGGAGGUUAGACCAAAAAGCUCAAUUUUUGUCUCAUCAGAUCACAUGACCUUCUCCCAUUCCUCCUCUGGAUCAUCCAGAUGGUCAUUGGCAAACUUCAGACGGGCCUGGACAUGCGCUGGCUUGAGCAGGGGGACCUUGCGUGCGCUGCAGGAUUUUAAUCCAUGACGGCGUAGUGUGUUACUAAUGGUUUUCUUUGAGACUGUGGUCCCAGCUCUCUUCAGGUCAUUGACCAGGUCCUGCCGUGUAGUUCUGGGCUGAUCCCUCACCUUCCUCAUGAUCAUUGAUGCCCCACGAGGUGAGAUCUUGCAUGGAGCCCCAGACCGAGGGUGAUUAACCGUCAUCUUGAACUUCUUCCAUUUUCUAAUAAUUGUGCCAACAGUUGUUGCCUUCUCACCAAGCUGCUUGCCUAUUGUCCUGUAGCCCAUCCCAGCCUUGUGCAGGUCUACAAUUUUAUCCCUGAUGUCCUUACACAGCUCUCUGGUCUUGGCCAUUGUGGAGAGGUUGGAGUCUCUUUGAUUGAGUGGGUGGACAGGUGUCUUUUAUACAGGUAACGAGUUCAAACAGGUGCAGUUAAUACAGGUAAUGAGUGGAGAACAGGAGGGCUUCUUAAAGAAUAACGAACAGGUCUGUGAGAGCCGGAAUUCUUACUGGUUGGUAGGUGAUCAAAUACUUAUGUCAUGCAAUAAAAUGCAAAUGAAUUACUUAAAAAUCAUACAAUGUGAUUUUCGUUUUAGAUUCCGUCUCUCACAGUUGAAGUGUACCUAUGAUAAAAAUUACAGACCUCUACAUGCUUUGUAAGUAGGAAACACUGCCGAUUUUGCAGGUUAUCAAAUACUUGUUCUCCCCACUGUAUAUCAUCACUCGCUCUGGAAUGGAAAAAAUAUCCUUUCUAUUUCAUUUAAGUUCAGUUAUAUUGUUCUUACAUUAUUUUAUAUGAUCUUAUUGUAUUUUCUGCUAAAUGAACAAGCCUACAGCCUAUGGCAUGGAGCAUAGCCAGAUAACAUACAGUAGGCCAACUCAUAUUCUGUUCUUCUGAAAAACAUUUUCUUAAAUGUCAUAAUGUUCCUAACAUAAUGGAUUUAUAGUGACUUUGUAUUAAAUGGAUUUAUUAUACUUUUUAAAAUGUAGAUGUUUCAAAGGUGGCUUGUAUACGUGGAGGCCUGGAGAUGCUAAAAAUGUUUAUGUUAAUUAACGGUCAUUACCGUGAGACCGGCAGUCAUUUGCAUGACCAUAACAUGCUGACAAAAUUCAUCAAAUAAUUGUUUUAUAUAUUUUUGUUAUACCUACAGGGGUCUUAAAAUUCCAAAUGAAAUGGCUAAAUGAUCCUUUGUAUGACCAUCUUAAAACAAUUCCUUAUGUUAACUUCGUAGAAACCCAGCCCCGGGCCCUUUUUUUGUUGGUGUAUUUUUACGAUAUAGCCAAUUUUGACUUUGCAGAUGUGGAAACCAGAGAAAAGUUCCCCUUUCUGUCUGUAAUUCCUAGAUGGUAACUUUUCUUUCUGUCUAAUUCCCAGAGUAAUGUCUUUCUGUCUAAAUCCCAGAGUAAUGUCUUUCUGUCUAAUUCCCAGAGUAAUGUCGUUCUGUCUGUAAUUCCCAGAGUAAUGUCGUUCUGUCUAAUUCCCAGAGGAAUGUCGUUCUGUCUGUAAUUCCCAGAGUAAUGUCGUUCUGUCUAAUUCCCAGUGUAAUGUCUUUCUGUCUAAUUCCCAGAGGAAUGUCGUUAUGUCUGUAAUUCCCAGAGGAAUGUCGUUCUGUCUGUAAUUCCCAGAGUAAUGUCUUUCUGUCUAAUUCCCAGAGUAAUGUCUUUCUGUCUAAUUCCCAGAGGAAUGUCGUUAUGUCUGUAAUUCCCAGAGGAAUGUCGUUCUGUCUAAUUCCCAGAGGAAUGUCUUUCUGUCUAAUUCCCAGAGUAAUGUCGUUCUGUCUAAUUCCCAGAGGAAUGUCGUUAUGUCUGUAAUUCCCAGAGGAAUGUCGUUCUGUCUGUAAUUCCCAGAGUAAUGUCUUUCUGUCUGUAAUUCCCAGAGGAAUGUCGUUCUGUCUAAUUCCCAGAGGAAUGUCGUUCUGUCUGUAAUUCCCAGAGGAAUGUCGUUCUGUCUGUAAUUCCCAGAGUAAUGUCUCUCUGUCUGUAAUUCCCAGAGUAAUGUCGUUCUGUCUGUAAUUCCCAGAGGAAUGUCGUUCUGUCUGUAAUUCCCAGAGUAAUGUCUUUCUGUCUGUAAUUCCCAGAGGAAUGUCGUUCUGUCUGUAAUUCCCAGAGGAAUGUCGUUCUGUCUGUAAUUCCCAGAGUAAUGUCGUUCUGUCUGUAAUUCCCAGAGGAAUGUCAUUCUGUCUAAUUCCCAGAGGAAUGUCGUUCUGUCUGUCCCUCCCAGGUGGUCACCCUCACAUCUGGACGGCCCUGAGUAAGGAGUGUCUGUCUCUGUUGUCUGACCUGACUGAGAGGCUGGUAGUGUACCAUGACGCUGUAGCCACGAACGGACGGGCCAAGUCCCAGUCGACAGGAAGCAACAAGCGGUCCGCCGCCACCUCGUCGGAAAGCUCCGGUAGCUACUGCUCUGUCAGUGGUGUCUCUCUGAAGAACAUUAUUUUUUACAGUGCAUUCGGAAAGUAUUCAGACCACUUGACUUUUUCCACAUUUUGUUACGUUACAGCCUCAUUCUAAAAUUGAUUAAAUAAAUAAAAAUCAGCAAUCUACACACAAUACCCCAUAAUGACAAACAAAAACAGGUUUUUAGAAAUGUUUGCAAAUGUAUUAGAAAUAAAAAAUGGAAAUAUCACAUUUACGUAAGUAUUCAGACCCUUUACUCAGUACUUUGUUGAAGCACCUUUGGCAGCGAUUACAGCCUCGAGACUUCUUGGGUAUGACGCUACAAGCUUGGCACACCUGUAUUUGGGGAGUUUCUCCCAUUCUUCUCUGCAGAUCCUCUCAAGCUCUGUCAGGUUGGAUGGGGAGCGUCGCUGCACAGCUAUUUUCUGGUCUCUCCAGAGAUGUUCGAUCGGGUUCAAGUCCGGGCUCUGGCUGGGCCACUCAAGGACAUUCAGAGACUUGUCCCGAAGCCACUCCUGCGUUGUCAUGGCUGUGUGCUUAGGGUCGUUGUCCUGUUGGAGGGUGAACCUUCACCCCAGUCUAAGGUCCUGAGCGCUCUGGAGCAGGUUUUCAUCAAGGAUCUCUCUGUACUUUGCUCCGUUCAUCUUUCCUUCAAUCCUGACUAGUCUCCCUGCCGCUGAAAAACAUGAUGCUGCCACCACCAUGCUUCACCGUAGGGAUGGUGCCAGGUUUCCUCCAGACGUGAUGCUUGUCAUUCAGGCCAACGAGUUCAAUCGUGGUUUCAUCAGACCAGAGAAUCUUGUUUCUCAUGGUCUGAGAGUCCUUCAGGUGUCUUUUGGCAAACUCCAAGCGGGUUGUCAUGUGCAUUUUACUGAGGAGUGGCUUCCGUCUGGCCACUCCACCAUAAAGGCCUGAUUUGGUGGAGUGCUGCAGAGAUGGUUGUCCUUCUGGAAGGUUCUCCCAUCUCCACAGAGGAACUCCGGAGUUCUGUCAAAGUGGCCAUCGGGUUCUUGGUCACAUCCCUGACCAAGGCCCUUCUCCCCCGAUUGCUCAGUUUGGCCGGGCGUCCAGCUCUAGGAAGAGUCUUGGUGGAUCCAAACUUCUUCCAUUUAAGAAUGAUGGAGGCCACUGUGUUCUUGGGGACCUUCAAUGCUGCAGACAUUUUUUGGUACCCUUCCCCAGAUCUGUGCCUCGACACAAUCCUGUCUCGGAGCUCUACGGACAAUUCCUUCGACCUCAUGGCUUGGUUUUUGCUCUGACAUGCACUGUCAACUGUGGGACCUUAUAUAGACAGGUGUGUGCCUUUCCAAAUCAUGUCCAAUCAAUUGAAUUUACCACAGGUGGAGUCCAAGUUGUAGAAACAUCUCAAGGAUGAUCAAUGGAAACAGGAUGCACCUGAGCUUAAUUUCAAGUCUCAUAGCAAAGGGUCUGAAUACUUAUGUAAAUAAGGUAUUUCUGUUUUUAUUUUUAAUACAUUUGCAAAAAUGUCUAAGAACCUGUUUUUGCUUUGUCAUUAUGGAGUAUUUUGUGUUGAUAGAGGCUUAAAAUAAAAAAAUCAAUUUUAGGAUAAGGCUGUAACAUAACAAUGUGGAAAAGGUCAAGGGGUCUGAAUACGUUCCAAAGGCACUGUAUAUGUAGCUGUUUAUUUGAAUUUUUCCCAGGUCGGUAAACUGCGUUCACAGUAGAUAAGGCACGGGGGGGGGGGGGGGGUGUGGUAUAUGGCCAAUAUACCACGGCUAAGGGCUGUUCUUACGCACGACGCAACGCGGAUUAUACAGCCUGAAUACAGCCCUUAGCCGUGGUAUAUUGGCCAUAUACCACAAACCCCUGAGGUGCCUUAUUGCUAUUAUAAACCGGUUACCAACGUAAUUAGAGCAGGAAAAAUAAAUGUUUUGUCAUGCCUGUGGUAUACGCCAAUCAGCAUUCAGGGUUCGAACCACCCAGUUUAUAAUCAUGUAUACAUUCUGGAGAACAUUCUGAACCAACGUAAAAAAUAGAAGUGGUCAGCCAAUCAUGGGAUGCAGCUUUGUUUUACAGCCUUGAACUAACACGUUCUUCUAAUCAACUGCUCAUCAAGAUCUUGAUUAGAGUCAGCCUUGUUAGUGCAGGGCUGGAACAAAAGCCUGCUCACCCUGUAUCUCCCCAGAACCAGGGUUGAGGUCAGAUCACCUUUUUAAGAGCAUGUUAGUCCUUUAAAAACACGUUUCUGACUCCUCCUCCCAGUAUCUUCUGUAGAUAUGGAGGAUAUGAAGACUCCUCGGCCCAGCGCGCUGAUCAGAACCCCUGGCUCGGUGUUCUUGCGUUCCUCUGUCGGGGCGGGGCUGGGUGGGCUGCGAACUCCCCUCACCGCCCCUUUUACCCCGGACCUAGACAGCCCCUUCUCCUCCCCUGCCCUGCGGCGCCUCGCUGGCCCCCUGGAGCCUCUGGGGCCCCUGUCCCCCGGCUUCAACUCCAUCCAGAGCCCUCACGUCAUGAGGAGGGGCCCCAAACUCUGGUCUGCUUCUACAGGUGAGGGCCAGCCCAGGGGCCACAUACGGCUGAUUUUACUAAUGGACUGGACUAUUAUUUCACUAGCAAUGCUGCUAUUACUGCAAUGAGCCAAGGGAUCGCAUAGUAUGACUGGUAUCAUAUUAUCAUUCACCUUUCAGAACCAUGGAUUUGUUUUUAACGUUGACAAGUCAACAACGGUGAUGUUUAUUGACCAAUGAAUUCAGACCAUUCUUUGUGUGUCUGUCUAGACUCCCAGCUGAACAGCAGUCCCACGCCAUCUCCUGGUCCCGCCCCCACCCAGGCGGAUCUCAAACCCUCCUUCCUUGUUGCCUUCCUACAGAACAGGAAGGACCAGGUACUGCCUUGCAUUUCUAAACAUGUUCUCCCGUUUGGUACCUACUGAAUAGGACCCUGUAUUAUUUUACACCGUAGAUAUUAGGUCCCUAUCUGGCUGAUUUUAGUGAUAUGGUGUAUUAUUUUACACUAUACUUCAUUCCUUUGUAUUAACAUUGUAAUUGUCCCAUUCAGGUUAAACAUUUCUUGGCAAAGCGGGUGCUGAUAAUGUAUUUGUUUAACAAGGUAAGGUUGUGUGUACCUGCAUGCUGUCUCUGGGUUGUGGGACUAGGAUGCUGUCUCUGGGUUGUGUGUACCUGCAUGCUGUCUCUGGGUUGUGGGACUAGGAUGUUGUCUCUGGGUUGUGGGACUAGGAUGCUGUCUAGGUUGUGGGACUAGGAUGCUGUCUCUAGGUUGUGGGACUAGGAUGUUGUCUCUAGGUUGUGGGACUAGGAUGUUGUCUCUGGGUUGUGGGACUAGGAUGUUGUCUCUAGGUUGUGGGACUAGGAUGCUGUCUCUAGGUUGUGGGACUAGGAUGUUGUCUCUGGGUUGUGGGACUAGAAUGUUGUCUCUGGGUUGUGGGACUAGAAUGUUGUCUCUGGGUUGUGGGACUAGGAUGCUGUCUCUAGGUUGUGGGACUAGGAUGCUGUCUAGGUUGUGGGACUAGGAUGCUGUCUAGGUUGUGGGACGAGGAUGUUGUCUCUGGGUUGUGGGACUAGGAUGUUGUCUCUAGGUUGUGGGACUAGAAUGUUGUCUCUGGGUUGUGGGACUAGGAUGUUGUCUCUGGGUUGUGGGACUAGGAUGUUGUCUCUAGGUUGUGGGACUAGGAUGUUGUCUCUGGGUUGUGGGACUAGGAUGUUGUCUCUGGGUUGUGGGACUAGGAUGCUGUCUCUAGGUUGUGGGACUAGGAUGUUGUCUCUAGGUUGUGGGACUAGGAUGCUGUCUAGGUUGUGGGACUAGGAUACUGUCUCUAGGUUGUGGGACUAGAAUGUUGUCUCUGGGUUGUGGGACGAGGAUGUUGUCUCUAGGUUGUGGGACUAGGAUGCUGUCUAGGUUGCUAGGAUACUGUCUCUGGGACUCAUGGGCUCACUGCAUGCUCUUCCCCAAAUCAUCCCUAACAAAUCAUCUACGUAACGCUGGAUGUUACCUGGUCUAGCAGCCUCACCAUUCAUUACUAAUUAAACUGAGAUAAUUACAUUUUACAUUUUUACAUUUUUAGUCAUUUAGCAGACGCUCUUAUCCAGAGCGACUUACAGGAGCAAUUAGGGUUAAGUGCCUUGCUCAAGGGCACAUUGACAGAUUUUUCACCUAGUCGGCUCGGGGAUUAGAACCAGCGACCUUUCGGUUACUUAACCACUAAGCUACCUGCCGCCCCAACAAGAAUAGCUCUAUCAUUCAGGCAUUAGUCAUUCUACAUUUUAAGCUAAAGUGUUUGUUAGGUCAUAAGCCUGUAUUAGAAGAUGCUUAAACAUUAUUAAAAUAUAAAAAGUGAUUGUAUUGAAUUGUGUUUGGGAAAUAAAUAUAGACAUGGUUUUAAAAAGGUUGUGGUAAUAUUUCAAUCUGUACAGAAAUGUAGGUGUCUUAACUUACCCCAUACCCGGCUUAACUUACCCCAUACCCGGCUUAACUUACCCCAUACCCGGCUCAACUUACCCCAUACCCGGCUCAACUUACCCCAUACCCGGCUUAACUUACCCCAUACCCGGCUCAACUUACCCCAUACCCGGCUCAACUUAACCCAUACCCGGCUUAACUUACCCCAUACCCGGCUCAACUUACCCCAUACCGGCUUAACUUACCCCAUACCCGGCUUAACUUACCCCAUACCCGGCUCAACUUACCCCAUACCCGGCUUAACUUACCCCAUACCCGGCUUAACUUACCCCAUACCCGGCUUAACUUACCCCAUACCCGGCUUAACUUACCCCAUACCCGGCUAACUUACCCCAUACCCGGCUUAACUUACCCCAUACCCGGCUUAACUUACCCCAUACCCGGCUUAACUUACCCCAUACCCGGCUUAACUUACCCCAUACCCGGCUUAACUUACCCCAUACCCGGCUCAACUUACCCCAUACCCGGCUCAACUUACCCCAUACCCGGCUUAACUUACCCCAUACCCGGCUUAACUUACCCCAUACCCGGCUUAACUUACCCCAUACCCGGCUCAACUUACCCCAUACCCGGCUUAACUUACCCCAUACCCGGGUUGUGCCAAAAGACCACUUUGUGGACAAGCUAUGUUUUCAAAACUGUAAUGUUUACAUGAAUUCUGAUUUAUUUCCAGGGAUACACAACAUCCUGAAAUAUAUGUAGAUAUCUUUGUUAGAAAGAAUACUAUAUUUCCCUUGAUGGAUUGAUGCUGAAUGUAAAACAAAAAUGGCUCAACUUACCCCACCCUCCCCUACUAAUUAAGCUCACACACUCCGUCUUUCUGAAAUGACCAAUGGCAUCUAAAGGCCUUAGCUACUGCCUGGAGCCAGAAGCUACCCAGUAGCCAGCGUUAACGGAGCUAAUCAGGUCAAUAGUAUGCUGUUCAUGGUGUUGGUUAUUUUAAUCACUUCCAACUGAAGCAUACUGGUUAUCUCCUCCACCUUCCUCUGUCCUAGCAUGCUGUGAUGGCCAGGGACCUCUCCAUACCAUAUUAUCACUAUACUUAGGUGCUGAUACCAUAUGUAUUGCGAUUCUAUAUGUGUUACGAUUUGAUACUGAGAUUUUGUUUGCGAAUAUAUUGUCUAAAAACAUGUUGGCUCACUAAUUUAAAAAGAAGACUGAGAACAAGCAAUAGGAAAAUACUGUAGUGUUGAUGCAGACAGCCGCCUUGCGCUAGCUAACCAUACCUUCUACAAAAAUCGAUACUUGGAGUCAAAGUAGCGAUAUGAUAUAUCGUCCAAAAAUGAUAUAUUGCGGUAUGUAACUGUAUGGAUCCCCCUAACACCAUACUAUUGCUGCCGUCAUAGUUAGCUAUCGCUAACACCAUAUUAUUGCUGUCGUCGUAGUUAGCUAUGGCUAACACCAUAUUAUUGCUGCCGUCGUAGUUAGCUAUGGCUAACACCAUGUUAUUGCUGCCGUCAUAGUUAGCUAUCGCUAACACCAUACUAUUGCUGUCGUCGUAGUUAGCUAUGGCUAACACCAUAUUAUUGCUGCCGUCGUAGUUAGCUAUGGCUAACACCAUACUAUUGCUGCCGUCCUAGUUAGCUAUGGCUAACACCAUACUAUUGCUGCCGUCAUAGUUAGCUAUCGCUAACACCAUACUAUUGCUGCCGUCAUAGUUAGCUAUCGCUAACACCAUACUAUUGCUGCCGUCCUAGUUAGCUAUGGCUAACACCAUAUUAUUGCUGCCGUCGUAGUUAGCUAUGGCUAACACCAUACUAUUGCUGCCGUCCUAGUUAGCUAUGGCUAACACCAUACUAUUGCUGCCGUCCUAGUUAGCUAUCGCUAACACCAUACUAUUGCUGCCGUCCUAGUUAGCUAUCGCUAACACCAUACUAUUGCUGCCGUCCUAGUUAGCUAUCGCUAACACCAUACUAUUGCUGCCGUCAUAGUUAGCUAUCGCUAACACCAUACUAUUGCUGCCGUCCUAGUUAGCUAUGGCUAACACCAUAUUAUUGCUGCCGUCGUAGUUAGCUAUGGCUAACACCAUACUAUUGCUGCCGUCCUAGUUAGCUAUGGCUAACACCAUACUAUUGCUGCCGUCCUAGUUAGCUAUGGCUAACACCAUACUAUUGCUGCCGUCCUAGUUAGCUAUCGCUAACACCAUACUAUUGCUGCCGUCCUAGUUAGCUAUGGCUAACACCAUAUUAUUGCUGCCGUCGUAGUUAGCUAUGGCUAACACCAUACUAUUGCUGCCGUCCUAGUUAGCUAUGGCUAACACCAUAUUAUUGCUGCCGUCGUAGUUAGCUAUGGCUAACACCAUACUAUUGCUGCCGUCCUAGUUAGCUAUGGCUAACACCAUACUAUUGCUGCCGUCAUAGUUAGCUAUCGCUAACACCAUACUAUUGCUGCCGUCAUAGUUAGCUAUCGCUAACACCAUACUAUUGCUGCCGUCCUAGUUAGCUAUGGCUAACACCAUAUUAUUGCUGCCGUCGUAGUUAGCUAUGGCUAACACCAUACUAUUGCUGCCGUCCUAGUUAGCUAUGGCUAACACCAUACUAUUGCUGCCGUCCUAGUUAGCUAUCGCUAACACCAUACUAUUGCUGCCGUCCUAGUUAGCUAUCGCUAACACCAUACUAUUGCUGCCGUCCUAGUUAGCUAUCGCUAACACCAUACUAUUGCUGCCGUCAUAGUUAGCUAUCGCUAACACCAUACUAUUGCUGCCGUCCUAGUUAGCUAUGGCUAACACCAUAUUAUUGCUGCCGUCGUAGUUAGCUAUGGCUAACACCAUACUAUUGCUGCCGUCCUAGUUAGCUAUGGCUAACACCAUACUAUUGCUGCCGUCCUAGUUAGCUAUGGCUAACACCAUACUAUUGCUGCCGUCCUAGUUAGCUAUCGCUAACACCAUACUAUUGCUGCCGUCCUAGUUAGCUAUGGCUAACACCAUAUUAUUCUGCCGUCGUAUUAGCUAUGGCUAACACCAUACUAUUGCUGCCGUCCUAGUUAGCUAUGGCUAACACCAUAUUAUUGCUGCCGUCGUAGUUAGCUAUGGCUAACACCAUACUAUUGCUGCCGUCCUAGUUAGCUAUCGCUAACACCAUACUAUUGCUGCCGUCCUAGUUAGCUAUCGCUAACACCAUACUAUUGCUGCCGUCCUAGUUAGCUAUGGCUAACACCAUACUAUUGCUGCCGUCAUAGUUAGCUAUGGCUAACACCAUACUAUUGCUGCCGUCAUAGUUAGCUAUGGCUAACACCAUACUAUUGCUGCCGUCCUAGUUAGCUAUCGCUAACACCAUAUUAUUGCUGCCGUCGUAGUUAGCUAUGGCUAACACCAUACUAUUGCUGCCGUCCUAGUUAGCUAUCGCUAACACCAUAUUAUUGCUGCCGUCGUAGUUAGCUAUGGCUAACACCAUACUAUUGCUGCCGUCCUAGUUAGCUAUCGCUAACACCAUAUUAUUGCUGCCGUCGUAGUUAGCUAUGGCUAACACCAUACUAUUGCUGCCGUCGUAGUUAGCUAUCGCUAACACCAUAUUAUUGCUGCCGUCGUAGUUAGCUAUGGCUAACACCAUAUUAUUGCUGUCGUCGUAGUUAGCUAUGGCUAACACCAUAUUAUUGCUGCCGUCAUAGUUAGCUAUGGCUAACACCAUAUUAUUGCUGUAGUGUAACUGAGUUUCCUAACUCAUUGUUGUCUCUCCCUGCAGCUGCCGGAAGCUUCCAGUCAGGCCCUGUUCGCUGACAGCCAGGCUCACAUAUGGGCUCUAGAAGGUCUUUCAUUCUUCAUAAAAACUCAUCAGACUUUUGCGCAGAAAACAACAAGAUUUCACAUUCUUGUAAAGAUUUUGAUAUUAGCCUAAUCUCCUCCCUUCUUACUGUAGGUCUGUCUCACCUGGUGGCGGCGUCCUACUCUGAGGACCAGUAUGGUAUCGUUCAGACCACCCUGCCUGCCAUCCUCAGCACCAUGCUGGUGUUACAGGAGGUGAGAUGUCAGCCUUGGUAGAGCAUGGGUGAAGCAGCUUCAGACCUGCCUACUUCUCACUUAAACAAAGUUGUUUUUUAAUUCAACAAUGGUACAGUAUCUGCUGCUUCCCAUUUACCUAUCCUUAGUUGGUCAUGUUUCACUAAAUCAUUUGUUCGAUUAUGGGGAAAAAUCGACAUAAAUAUAUGUUAGGGCAAACCCAGCCAUACCAAGGCUGCUUAGUGCCUGACUGUCUUCCCCCUCCCCUCUCCUCACCCCUCCCUCUCCUCACCCUCCCCCUCCUCACCCUCCCUCUCCUCACCCCUCCCUCCCUCCACCUCCUCCCCAUCCCCCUCCUCACCUCCCUCUCCUCACCCCUCCCCCUCCUACCCGCCCCCGCCGCCCCCUCCCCCUCCUCCCCCCUCCCCGCUCCCCCCCCUCCUCACCCCUCCCCCUCCGCACCCCUCCACCCUCCGCUCCUCACGCCCUCCCCCUCCUCACCCUCCUCACCCCUCCCCUCCUCACCCCUCCUCUGCCUCACCCCUCACCCGCCAUCUCCGGCACCCCGCCUCUCCGCACCCCUCCCCCUCCUCAACCCUCCCUCUCCUCACCUCACGACCUAACCCCGCCCCCCUCACACGCCCUCUCCUCACCCCUCCCUCUCCUCACCCCCCCCACUCCUCACCCCGCCCCCCUCGCUCACCCUCCCUCGCCCUCACCCAUCCCUCUUGCCCGCCCCCCCCCUCCUCCCCUCCUCAACCCUCCCCCUCCUCACCUCCCCCUCCUCACCCCCCCUCUCUCGCCCACCCCCCUCCUCCCCCUGCCUCGCCCCCUCCUGCUCCUCACCCUCCCUCUCCUCACCAUCCCGCUCCUCACCCCUCCCUCUCCUCACCCCCCCCCUCCGCACCCCCUCCCUCUCAUCACCCCUCCCUCUCCUCACCCGUCCCAUCGCCUCACCCUCCCCUUCCUCACCCCUCCCCUCCUCACCCCUCCCUCUCCUCGACCCUCCCGCUCCUCACCCACCCCGGCACUCUCCCUCUCCUCACCCCUCCCUCUCCUCAACCCCUCCCUUUCCUCACCCACCCCUCUCCUCACCCCUCCCUCUCCUCACCCCUCUUCCUCCCUCCAGGCCGUGGACCGUCACUUCAAGCUACCCCAUACCUCCUCUAAACCAGGUCACUCCUCCUGCAGUAUGGGAGACGGCAGCUAUAAGACGCUCCGCUUCGCCCUACGAUCCACCCUCAAGACCGCUGUCUACAGGAUCACAGCCACCUUCGGAGAACACCUCCAGUAAGGAUAGCAGAUGUAGUCAUAAUAUGGGGUGAUGGAGCUAGAAGAUACUGUAAUAUGGGGUGAUGGAGCUAGAAUAUACUGUAAUAUGGGGUGAUGGAGCUAGAAGAUACUGUAAUAUGGGGUGAUGGAGCUAGAAGAUACUGUAAUAUGGGGUGAUGGAGCUAGAAGAUACUGUAAUAUGGGGUGAUGGAGCUAGAAGAUACUGUAAUAUGGGGUGAUGGAGCUAGAAGAUACUGUAAUAUGGGGUGAUGGAGCUAGAAGAUACUGUAAUAUGGGGUGAUGGAGCUAAAAUAUACUGUAAUAUGGGGUGAUGGAGCUAGAAGAUACUGUAAUGUGGGGUGAUGGAGCUAGAAGAUACUGUAAUAUGGGGUGAUGGAGCUAGAAGAUACUGUAAUAUGGGGUGAUGGAGCUAGAAGAUACUGUAAUAUGGGGUGAUGGAGCUAGAAGAUACUGUAAUAUGGGGUGAUGGAGCUAGAAGUACUGUAAUAUGGGGUGAUGGAGCUAGAAGAUACUGUAAUAUGGGGUGAUGGAGCUAGAAGAUACUGUAAUAUGGGGUGAUGGAGCUAGAAGAUACUGUAAUAUGGGGUGAUGGAGCUAGAAGAUACUGUAAUAUGGGGUGAUGGAGCUAGAAGAUACUGUAAUAUGGGGUGAUGGAGCUAGAAGAUACUGUAAUAUGGGGUGAUGGAGCUAGAAGAUACUGUAAUAUGGGGUGAUGGAGCUAGAAGAUACUGUAUAUGGGGUGAUGGAGCUAGAAGAUACUGUAAUAUGGGGUGAUGGAGCUAGAAGAUACUGUAAUAUGGGGUGAUGGAGCUAGAAGAUACUGUAAUAUGGGGUGAUGGAGCUAGAAGAUACUGUAAUAUGGGGUGAUGGAGCUAGAAGAUACUGUAAUAUGGGGUGAUGGAGCUAGAAGAUACUGUAAUAUGGGGUGAUGGAGCUAGAAGAUACUGUAAUAUGGGGUGAUGGAGCUAGAAGAUACUGUAAUAUGGGGUGAUGGAGCUAGAAGAUACUGUAAUAUGGGGUGAUGGAGCUAGAAGAUACUGUAAUAUGGGGUGAUGGAGCUAGAAGAUACUGUAAUAUGGGGGUGAAUGGGGAGCUAGAAGAUACUGUAAUAUGGGGUGAUGGAGCUAGAAGAUACUGUAAUAUGGGGUGAUGGAGCUAGAAGAUACUGUAAUAUGGGGUGAUGGAGCUAGAAGAUACUGUAAUAUGGGGUGAUGGAGCUAGAAGAUACUGUAAUAUGGGGGUGAUGGAGCUAGAAGAUACUGUAAUAUGGGGUGAUGGAGCUAGAAGAUGCUGUAAUAUGGGGUGAUGGAGCUAGAAGAUACUGUAAUAUGGGGUGAUGGAGCUAGAAGAUACUGUAAUAUGGGGUGAUGGAGCUAGAAGAUAAUAGUAAAGUAGGGUUGGCAGUUGAGAACACUCAAGUAGAGGCCAAACACUCAAUUGCUCCAUCGCAUACCUUUAUUGCUUCAUAAUGUAUUGGUCCCACAAUGAAUUUUGUCUGGUCAUCUACUACUUUAUAGAAUAGGUGUUUGCAGUUGUGGAUGUGAAACUUAGUUUGGAUGUUUAUCCUUGUCCUAGUCCUGCGAACACGGAUCUGAUUGUUUGAUUUGUGUGUCUCUGGUUUCCAGCGCUGUCCAGAUGUCAGCAGAGCACCGGAAGAAACUGCAGCACUUCCUGGAGUAUAAAGAGUGAAGGCAUGAGAGACAGGAGUGUGUCUGAUAAUGGUAGUGUGACUGAGUUGAUAUUAAUAUUGUGUGUGUUCUUCCUAUUGAAAGAUCUUGAAAGUGCCGCUUCAAAUUGGAUGCCUAUAGUACUGUUCAUGGGAAACGAGAUUGCUACCAAGUUUUUGUUAGUUUUUUUGUUUUUUUGUAAUGUACAUUAUUUGUUAGUUUUUUGUCUUAUCAGACCAUUUUGUAAUGAGCUCGUCAAUAAAGUUUCGUCCGGCUGAUAAAUUGCUACAAAAGAUGCAUGUCAAUGUUUCUGCUUUUUUAUUUUUUUACUCAAAUGAAUGUGAGUGUGAUUGUGACAUGAGUCUAGGAAGUCUUUGAAAAGUCACCUCCAGCAACUUUUCAGUUCACAUAUGAUCGAUGACCACAUGGUGAACGAAUAAAAUGUUUUGUAAAGA